GAACAGAAACCAGGUUCUUCAGAGAAGCACCGAUGGAGGAGCAGCGGGAUCUUAACAGCUCGGAUAGCAGCGAGGGGGAGAGCGUUUCCCCGUCUCCCAGCCUGCCCUCCCCGCCUAUAUUGCCUCUACAGGUCGCCCAACAGGCCCACAGAACCACCAACUUUUUCAUCGACAACAUUUUGAGACCGGACUUUGGCUGCAAGAAGGAGCACGGCCUUGGCCUGCGGGAGAGGGCGCAGACAUCCGGUCGGGAGCGCGUCCACCCGGCGAUCAGCAGGCCGAGCCUUCCAGGGACGCCGUGCCAGGACUCCAACUGCAGUACUGACAGUAGUUCGUCCUCUGCCUCCUCCGCUUCUUUGGCAAGUCCCAAAAAAAGCAACGUUAGCGGCGGAGGAGCCGCAGCCGCUCCCUCUACCGGUAACGGCCAUGGCGUAAAAGCAGAGGGGAGAACUGGCACUGGGACCGGGGAAAAUACCUCGUCUUCGCUGGUGGUGCUGAACGGCACCGCGGCGCCCACACCGGAGACGCAGCCACUGCUCUGGCCUGCCUGGGUUUACUGCACCCGAUACUCGGACAGGCCCUCAUCUGGCCCAAGGACACGGAAACUGAAAAAGUCAAAAAGCGGCAAAGAGGACAAACGGCCACGCACGGCCUUCACGGCCGAGCAGCUGCAGAGACUGAAGACAGAGUUCCAAGUGAAUCGCUACAUCACGGAGCAGCGGCGCCAGUCUCUGGCCCAGGAGCUCAACCUCAACGAGUCCCAGAUCAAAAUAUGGUUUCAGAACAAAAGGGCCAAGAUCAAAAAGGCCAGUGGCUUCAAGAACGGGCUGGCCCUUCAGCUGAUGGCGCAGGGACUUUACAACCAUUCCACCACCACCAUCCAGGAGGACAAGGAGGACAGCGACUGAUGAACACGACUUCCUGCUUACACUCACGCUGUACAUUGUAAAUAAUAAUAUCUAAUUUAACGUGGAGGAUGGGGGACCGAGCUAGUGUCCUCUUCCUCGUCUCCUCCUCUUCAGAAGUGACUCUAGAGCAGAAGAUUCGAGCAGACUGACCUGCCACCGCCAAA